AUGUCCGACAACGGUGCCAAAUUAAGAGAUGCUGCCAAAUCAGGUAAUGAAGAAUUAGUUAAAAGUUUAAUUGCUGAAGGACCAAGUUCAAUUUUAGAUUAUAAAGAUAGAAGUGGUUUCACUCCACUCCAUAUGGCCGCUAUGUUUGGACAUCAAAAUAUUUGUACAAUUUUAUUACAAGCAGGUGCUAGCAAUGAUAUUAAAACAGUUGAUGAUGAAACUGCAUGUGAUGUUGCUAAAACUGUCACUCUUGGAAACUUUAUUAAAAAUUUUAAGAAAUAA